UCAACUUUGUUCUAUAUUCGUUUUUAUAGUAUUGGUCACACUAAAAACUGUUUGCUGCGAUCAAUGUGUGCGCGGUAUUUAUAGAUUUGACAAGUUUUAAUAUUAAAAGAUUUCUUAUAAUACAAUAACUGUUAAGUUAAUAAUAAAGAAGAGCAAGUGUCAAGUUUACUAAUUUGUUUAAAGGGGAAAACCGGAAUUUAAGCGAUCACGAUGGUUGAGCUUUUUGGCGAAGAUUACGACUGCUGGGAAUGGUUUCAGGCAGAUAAAGAAAAAAUAUUGCGCAGUCUAACGCGCAAGAAUGCCAACGAUCGACAUCAGGUGCAGGGACACAGGCGUUAUUAUAAUUAUUGGCAUCAUGCAAAAACGGUAGUGCCAUCCAAAAUUCCAACCGAGGGUCUUCAGGAGAUCCUUAAUCUGCAGCCCUUGGGCAUGUUUCUUUACUUGGCCACUGAAAUUGAGCCAAACUUCUUUAUCGAUCAAAUAGGGCCUAACGAUAAUAUCGAUCGCGUAUUAAUUUAUACUCGCAUUUUGGUUACAUUGUGCGAACUCGAAUUGCCUGGCUUUCACACUGAAAUGCUUUAUAAAUUUGCUGCUUGCACUCCACUCAUAGUCCACUACGAAGAAUUGGUGCGUAAAUUGUGUACUAAAAGCUUUCGUACUAUGUGGACUGAUAUGAAUCGUGUGGACAGCAUUAUCAGCCAUAUGCAAACACUUUUGCUGCAGGCUCAAAGGGCUGGCGUUUUGGAUGAGAACGGCAUGGACAUUUUAUUUAAAAUUUGGACUAACUUAAAAAACAAUAAUAAUCCAAUCAUAGAGGAGCGUCCGAUAUGCCGAGAGUUUCUACGACAGCUUCAUUGUCUGUUUAGUGUUGAUGUGGAUGCAUUAUUAAAGCCAAAUCCUGCAGCCGAGAUAUACCCGAGCUUGGAAGAGCUUAAAUCGUGGCUGAAGGAGAAUGGCGACACCUGCCUUCAUGCAGCGAAACUAUCGAUGAGCUACAUUAGUUCGACUCAGUACAUAAACAGCCAACGUUUGUUUCUUCGCCAGCAGUUUUUACUUCCGCUUCGUGAAUUGGAGGUUCAAAUUAAGCUGAAUAUGCAUUUUCCGAAUGCUCAUAGCAGCAAGCUCCUAUUUGUUGAUGUCUUAGCAGCGCAGCGUAAUAGCACAUCUGAUCAGACUGUUCAGUGCGAGAAAUCUUUAGAGGAGGCUCUGUUAAAGAUUAAGACUGGGUCUCUUUUUUGCUUUACAACCAGCUACGAUUUUGAUAAUCUUAUACUGGCAACUGUAGUCGGUACUGAUGUGAAACAGAUUCGUCGAGGCUACAUUGCUAUCACUAUAGUGCAUCAGUUUAACAUUGGCAACAUUUAUGGCAAAUCGUUGAUCAUGUUCGAAACACCCGUCUACUUUGAGCCGUAUCAGAAGGCCUAUAGAUAUUUGACCAACAGCAAUGUUAUAAACUUCCCUAUGUCUGAUUAUAUAGUGCACGGUCUGACAAGAACUAAAUCACCAGCAUAUUUGAAUCACACACAACCACCAAAAGUCUACGAGAGUCAAAAGUUUGUGAACAAAUUACGCAAAAUGCCGCUUAAUCUGUCCCAGCACGAGGCCUUUCAACGUGUUCUGAAUACGAAUUUUAAUCUAAUCCAAGGUCCACCCGGUACGGGCAAGACACAUUUAUCGUUGCAGCUGAUAAAGACCUUCUUGGAGCAUGCUAAAUUCUGCGCGCCCAUUGUUGUGGUUACAUACACAAACGAUUCACUGGAUAAGUUUUUGCUGAAGCUUAGCUCGUUCACCAGCAGCAUUGUCCGCUUUGGUUGCCAAUCUCGGCUGCCGGAAAUCGCCAAAUUUAAUUCCCGUGCCGAUACCAACAUGCAGUUGAUCAAUCCAAGGCUAAAGCGACUAUACUGGAUGGUAAAUCUGGAGAUUAAAGAACAUUUCAAGCGCCUACAGACACUCUAUGCUACCUUUAAUGAUACCGAUAAGGCCUAUCCGGAAAUAUUGGCUACACAGCGCUUGGUUUGGAAUGCACAGGAGAAGCUCAACUGUAUACGAAUGAUAUUCCAGCAUUAUUUGAUUAUUAAAAAGAAUGUCCUGGCCAUGACUACGACAUGUGCUGCGCGCAUGAAUUUUGUCUUUCGGUUUUUGAAAACUCGCAUCGUUAUAUUUGAGGAAGCUGCGGAGAUUCUAGAGGCUCACACAUUGCCCUGUUUAACACCCUACACCGAGCAUGUGAUUAUGAUUGGUGAUCACAUGCAGCUAAAGCCAUAUACAAGCUAUAUAAAAGGACUGAAGCAAUCAACUGUAUCUCAUUCAUUAUUUGAGCGUUUGAUACGCUCGAAUUUCGAUGUGAAUGUCUUGAAUAUUCAAUAUCGUAUGCGUAAUACAUUUGCCGAAUUGCUCUGUCCUCUAAUAUAUCAAAAGCUUUUGAGUCAUGAUUCGGUGUAUGAUUUUCCCUCUGUUCGCAAUAUGUGGUUGAAUCUAUAUUUCCUUCAACAUCAAGAGCUUGAGACCCAAGUGCAUGAUGGUUUUUUAUGCAAUGGCUAUGAGACGAAAAAAGUGGCUGAAAUUGUGCAUCAUUUGGUCGAGGUGAGCGGCUACAAGAACACGGAAGUUGUUGUGCUCACACCCUACACCAUGCAGGUCGAGUCAAUCAAAAAGAAAUUAUCAAAGAAAACAAAUUUAAAAGACGUUUUCGUUACUACUGUGGAUAGUUUCCAAGGACUGGAGGCAGAUAUAAUUGUACUCUCGUUGGUGCGCAGUAAUACACAUGGAAAUAUAGGCUUCUUGUCUGACCAGAAUCGAAUUUGUGUAGCUAUGUCCCGUGCCCGCUAUGGCUUGUAUAUAAUUGGAAAUAUGAAGAUUUUGGCACAGAAAUCAUCUACAUGGCGUGAUAUACAUAACAAGUUAAAUCUGCAAAAUGCAAUUGGCGGGGAGUUUCCCUAUAAAACCAUUAAGUGA